CGCUGGUUCCCCCUGACAUUCAGACCGGUGAGACUUUAGUUCCCAGAGCCAGUGCAACAUUCUGGCUGUGCUAAAACAACUCUAUCCGUGUUUCAGCUCAAGGAGUGUCAUUUAGAAUCAAGUAAUGGCUGUGAACACAGGCACUUCGCUGGUGCUUUCCAGUCUGCUCUCAGUGCUGGUUUUUGCUGGGAUGCAGAUGUUCAGCAAACAGCUGGGAUCUACUGAGUGGCUCACCAUCCUGGGAGGAUUUCUGGGCUCAGUCCUUUUCAUUUGCUCCCUUACUGCAUUCAAUAAUCUGGAAAACCUGGUUUUUGGCAAAGGAUUUCAAGCAAAAAUAUUCCCUGAAAUCCUAUUGUGCCUGUUCCUGUCACUGUUUGCCUCUGGUCUGGUGCACCGUGUCUGUGUCACCACCUGCUUGAUCUUCUCUCUCUUCUCCCUGUACUACAUCAACAAAAUAUCUGCUGCCCUCUACCAAGCAGCUGUUCCUGUUGUAACACCAGCCAAGGCUGCCAGUAAGAGCAAAAGGAAGAACUGACGCAGCCCCACUUGCAUCCUGUUAACCAGUCCAUAUGUUGAAGGUGCUGAUAGUCACUGGAAAGCAGCUGUUUCAUAUGUCUCACACAAGUUCUUAAAUCCAUGUUCUAAGUUUGAUUUGUGGUACUUUUUUAGAAAAUUACCCAGGAAUUACUCAUUUAUGGCUACUUUUUAAAAUCUAAAUACUGAAGAAGGCCUAAAAGUCAACACCUGGAUGGUUCUUUACAUUCCACUUUUCUCCUGUUUCUCAGCACUGGUCACUGCAAAGAGAUUAAAAAAAGCUUUCUGUAAAUUCCUCAGCACUUCAAACAGCGUUUUGUUUCAUUCAUUUUGUAAUUAAACUUUUGGAAAGAUUUUGAGUGUGUUCUGUGAAAUUGGAUCGUUUUAGAAAAUUCUCUCAAACUCAAAGGAGCCGUGCCGCUGUGAGCUGCAGCAUGGUGUGCGCUGGGGUUAUAGCAGCUGCUCAACCUCACUAAGGGAGCAGGAAAAAAACAGAACUGUGGGAUUUCCUUCCUUUUUUUAUGUUUUUUUUCUGGAAAUGUCUUGGGGGUGGCUUUACACAGUCAUUAUACCCAUGAGUAUUACAAGGAUUCUCUCUUGCGCGACAAAUAAACUCAGCACCAAUAUGAGUGGACCGUUUACUUAUGUUGAUAUUUAUUCCCAGUAAGGUCUGCCAACGUGGCUGGCAGCUUCUGUUCGGUACAGCCAGUGUCAACAGUGUUUUGUUUAAAUCUGCGAACAGAUGAACCGUAUAAAGGGUAAACAAGUGGAAGACUGCGUGUCGACACGACAGCCUGACUAUUACAAAGCUCAGGACUUUCAGCCAUCCGCCGGUCUCGCUGCAGGAGGUAAUUGUUCCUUUUAGGUGACCAUUAAUAUGACUGCAACUCUGGUGUGUUACAGUCAUAUUUUUCUUGGAUGGAUUGUUUCUGUUUUGGGAGUAUUGUUCUUCCGAAAAACUUAAAUCUGUUGCUGUGAAAUGGGUGUGGGACGGGAUGGUGCUCUGUUCCGUUGUUUCCCCUCUGUGCCCCUCUGCAUCCCUCCCCUCAUGGGCGUUUCCAGGAUGACUAUAAAUCCCUGAAUAAACGUUCAGCGAGUCCCAGCACUCUGAACUCAAGCCUUCUUUCCCUUCCUCAUCUUAAUCGGAGCUCAUUUUCCCAGCCAUGACUGAACUGGAAAAGUCCAUGGAGUCCAUGAUCACGGUGUUUCACCGCUACGCCAAAGAGGGCGGCAACAAAAACACCUUAAACAAGAAGGAGCUGAAAAAGUUAAUUGAGAGUGAACUGCCCAACUUCUUAAAGGGCCAGAAAAACUCGGACACUCUGGACAGGAUCAUGAAAGAUCUGGACCAAAACAAAGAUGAUGAGUUGGACUUUGAAGAAUUUGUACCCUUUGUCGCCGGCCUCUCAAUUGCUUGUGAAAAGUUUCACUCCGUGGUCCCUGAAAAGAAGGGCAAAAAGUGAAGGGUCAAAGCAGAAGCAUGUGUUUGCAGGUGUAAAGAAUGUCGCACACUUAUGUGCCAGAUUCAUAUUAAAAACCUUUAACAUGA